GGCUUUUGGCAUUUCGCUCGUGCGCAAUUUAUUGCGUAUUCUGUGAAGUUUCGCGAUUUGUCUUGAUUUAUAGUUUGUUUAAUAUACUAAAUACUAAUUUAGUGCAGGACACAUUGGAAAAUGGUGGAAACUUUGGAGUACAACGACAUAAAUGCCGAAGUGCGCGGCGUUUUGUCUUCUGGACGCCUGAAACUCACCGAACAAAACAUUAUCUUCAAGAACAACAAAACGGGCAAGGUGGAGCAGAUUGCCGCGGAUGAUAUAGAUUUGAUCAAUUCGCAAAAAUUCGUCGGCACCUGGGGCCUGCGUAUCUUUACAAAGAGCGGUGCGUUGCAUCGCUUUACUGGUUUUCGUGAUAGCGAGCAUGAGAAACUGGGCAAGUACAUCAAGGAAGCCUAUUCGCAGGAAAUGGUGGAGAAGGAGAUGUGUGUCAAGGGCUGGAACUGGGGCACAGCUCGCUUCAUGGGUUCCGUGCUGAGCUUCGAUAAGGAUACAAAAACAAUUUUUGAAGUGCCCUUGUCGUAUGUGUCACAAUGCGUCACCGGCAAGAAUGAGGUCACGCUGGAAUUUCAUCAGAACGACGAUGCACCAGUUGGUCUGCUCGAAAUGCGUUUCCACAUACCGGCUGUGGAGUCAGCGGACGAGGAUCCAGUCGAAAAGUUCCAUCAAAAUGUCAUGAACAAGGCGUCGGUAAUAUCGGCCUCGGGCGAGUCCAUUGCCAUAUUCCGCGAAAUACACAUUCUGACGCCGCGUGGUCGGUACGACAUCAAAAUCUUCUCGACCUUCUUCCAGCUGCACGGCAAGACAUUCGACUACAAAAUACCCAUGGACUCGGUACUGCGACUGUUCAUGCUGCCGCACAAGGAUAGUCGUCAAAUGUUCUUUGUCCUCUCGCUGGAUCCGCCUAUCAAACAGGGCCAGACACGCUAUCAUUACCUUGUGCUGCUAUUCGCGCCCGACGAGGAGACCACAAUUGAGUUGCCCUUCAGCGAGGCGGAGCUACGCGACAAGUAUGAGGGCAAGCUGGAGAAGGAACUGUCCGGGCCGGUCUAUGAGGUCAUGGGCAAGGUGAUGAAGGUCCUGAUCGGGCGCAAGAUAACAGGCCCAGGCAAUUUCAUUGGACAUUCCGGCACCGCUGCCAUCGGCUGUUCGUUCAAGGCAGCUGCCGGCUAUCUGUAUCCGCUGGAGCGCGGCUUCAUCUAUAUACACAAGCCACCGCUGCAUAUACGUUUCGAGGAGAUCAGCUCAGUGAAUUUUGCGCGUAGCGGCGGUUCGACGCGCUCCUUUGACUUUGAGGUCACCCUCAAGAAUGGCACUGUGCACAUCUUCUCCUCCAUUGAGAAGGAGGAGUAUGCCAAGCUGUUUGACUUCAUCACACAGAAGAAGCUGCAUGUGAGCAACAUGGGCAAGGACAAGAGCGGCUACAAGGAUGUUGACUUUGGCGACUCGGACAAUGAAAACGAACCGGAUGCAUAUCUGGCACGACUCAAGGCCGAGGCACGCGAGAAGGAGGAGGAAGACGAUGAUGGCGACGAUUCCGAUGAGGAGUCCACGGACGAGGACUUCAAGCCCAACGAAAAUGAAUCGGAUGUGGCCGAGGAGUAUGACAGCAAUGUGCAGAGCGACUCGGACGACGACAGCGAUGCCAGCGGCGGUGGCGGAGGUGGCGGCGGCGACAGCGAUGGAGCGUCUAAAAAGAAGCACAAAGAAAAGAAACGCGAAAAGAAAGAGAAAAAGGAGAAGAAGCACAAAGAAAAGGAGCGAACAAAGAAGACCACCAAGAAGAAGGACAGCAACAAACCGAAGCGUCCUACGACAGCGUUUAUGCUGUGGCUAAGCGAGACGCGUGAGCAGAUCAAGCGCGACAAUCCGGGCAUAAAGGUCACCGAAAUCGCCAAGAAGGGCGGUGAGAUGUGGAAGGAGCUGAAGGACAAGUCCAAGUGGGAAGAGAUGGCCAGCAAGGACAAGCAACGCUAUCAGGAUGCGAUGCGUAACUACAAACCAGGUGCCGGUGGCGAUGCUGCUAGCGACGACGACGAAACUUCCAGCAGCAAAGCACCAAAGAAACGCAGCUCUGACGUCUCCCCAACGAAAAAGUCGAAUACCUCUGGCAGUGGUUUCAAGAGCAAGGAGUACAUAUCGGAUGAUGAUUCCACCAGCUCAGAUGAUGGCAAAAACGCUAGCAGUGAGCCGGCCAAAAAGAAGAGCAAAUCGAGCGAGGCCACAUCGAAGAAGAAGGCCAAAGAGAGCGAAAGCGAAGCGGAGGCCACCGAUGAGGAGACCAACGAAUCYAAUGAUGAUGAUGAGGAUGAGGCCAGUGAUUAGUUACGAACAUUUCCACCCACACACAGUUGCACACACGCACGCAUACCAACAUGUGUUUAGCUCUAAGUUAACUGUUAUAAACAGGCUAGCAAAACAGCUCGCUUGGUCUAGAAUUUGUCUUUUCAUUAAACAUUUACCGCUA